AUGGCCACCAUGUUCAGAUACCCCGUGUUCCCCCAUCUUCAGGAGCCGCGUGCGCCCGGCCUGUCCCUGCGCUCACCCCCCUGCACCGUCAUGGCGGAGCCUGACUACCUGGAGGGCCCCUGUGACGAGCUCAUCAAGCCUAAGAAGCUGCCGAACCCGGUGAAGAGCUCCCGGAACCACCAGGACCUCCACCGCGAGCUGUUCUGGAACCAGAAGACAGGCCUGGCUCCUCAGAACAAGCCCGAGCUGCAGAAGGUCCUGGAGCAGAGGAAGAGGGAGCAGGUGCAAAAGGCCCAGAGGGCGGAGCAGGAGGCCCACAAGAAGAGGAGCGACCUGGAGAUAGAGCUGCUCAAACGCCAACACAAGCUAGAGCAGCUGGAGCUGGAGCAGCAGAAGAUGGAGGAGGAGCAGGAGAACACCCCCGAGUUCAUCAAGAUGAAGAGCAACCUGCGCAGGACCAGACUGGAAGAGGGGGGAGAGGAGCGGACCACCUAG